UGCCAUCCGUCUCCCACUAGCUGGUCAUCUUCUCUAGAUCUCCUCCUCCUCCUCUCUAUCUCUCUCUCCCCAACCAACAACCUGUCGAUUAAGCUAGCUCUCAGCUCAUCCCGGCCUCACAACCAACCAGUUCCUGUUUUAGACGGUUAACAAUCUACAACAACAGUUAGCAUGGCCGCAACACAGAGCAGGGGCGGCGGCGGUGUUGUUCCCGUUCAGGUGGACGAGGAGCACGGCCGCCGCCGGCAGGGAGGAGCAGCGCCGCAGGAGGAGGAGGAGGAGGCGGCCGAGAAGCCGGAGCUCCGGCGUGGCCCGUGGACCGUGGACGAGGACCACAUCCUCGUCAACUACAUCGCCGACAACGGCGAGGGCCGCUGGAACUCCCUCGCCCGCGCCGCCGGCCUGAAGCGCACGGGCAAGAGCUGCCGGCUGCGGUGGCUCAACUACCUCCGGCCCGACGUGAAGCGCGGCAACUUCACCGCCGACGAGCAGCUGCUCAUCCUCGACCUCCACACCCGCUGGGGCAACCGGUGGUCGAAGAUAGCGCAGCACCUGCCGGGGAGGACGGACAACGAGAUCAAGAACUACUGGAGGACGCGGGUGCAGAAGCACGCCAAGCAGCUCAACUGCGACGCCAGCAGCAAGCGCUUCAAGGACGCCAUGCGCUACCUCUGGAUGCCGCACCUCGUCGACGCCACCGCUACCGCUGACGACGAAUACCACCAACACCAAGCCGCCGCAGCAGGCAACAUCGACGGCCUGCUCGCCGGCGGCGACGUCGACCACGUCCAGCACGCUCUGGCGGCGGGCGUGGCCGCUGCUAUGGCGUCGUCGUCGUCCGACUCGCUCGCGUCGGAGCCGUACUCGUACGAGGACGGUGGCCUCCUCGCGAGCCUGCGCGCCGGCGACGACAUGCAGCUGGUGAUGAGCGGCGGCGGCUGGGCGGCGGCGCAGGCGCAGGAGGCCAACGACCAAGGGCUGUGGCCGUCGUCGUCUGGUCAUGGUCUGUCGUCGUCGGUGCAGGCCGCUGCCGGUGGUGCCGGCCAGUUUGAGGACCCGGAGCUCAGUGGAUGGGUGCAAGGUUUCUCCGACAGCAUUAUUACUGGUAACCUUUGGGCCUUGGAGGAAAUUUGGAAGAUGCAAUGAGCAAUUUUGCGUUUUCCACACGCAUCCAACGAAGAGCUAGCGGAAAUGUAUACGACUAGUGAUGUUGACAGUAGAUAGAACAUGAGGUUGUCAUAUAUAAUUCUCGAUCUCUCCCUCUCUCUAUCGAUCUAUAUAUACUCUAACUCCAAAGAUACUAUACGGUAUACUAAAGUUGUAUAGCAUUUUUAUUUUUUUCCUCGUUUUUUUUAUUUCGCCUCUUAAGGUUCAUUCUUAUAGAGGUUGGAAAAGGAGGGUAUUGUUUAUGCAAGUCGAAACAAAUAUUUGUGUGUGCGUGUGCAAUGUACGUACAAGUAUUGAAGUACUUCCUCCUUACACGUGAGUUAGUCAUUUUAGG